GAUACAACGCAAAGACAAACGAGAGAAGGCAAGAAAAAGGCUGAGAAGUCAGCGUAAUUGUACGUAUGCGAGGAUUUAUGCAAUGUGUAUGUGUUUGCAUGUAUGCAGAUAAUACUGUAGAAUACAUGGGGUAUAUCUCUUUGAAUAUAUUUGCUCCGUCGAACAUUAGUUCUUUCCUUCACAUGAACUGGAGGAAUCGUCACAUUCGAUUGGCCCCAGUAUUAGUCAACGCAGACACAGACGAUUGAAGGCCAAGGACAAUGCUGACAUGUCAGCGUAAUUGUAUGAGAGGAUAUAUGCAAUGCUAAAUCUAUGCAAUUCAUGGGCUACCUCAGACCGCUUUGAAUAUAUUUGGUCGAACAUAUGUGGUCCCUACUUCACAUGAAUUGGAGGAAUCGUGACAUUCGAUUGGCUCAAGUAUUUGUCAACAUAGACACAGACGACUGAAGGGCAAGGAGAACGCUGAGAAGUCAGGGUAAUUGAUGGCCGGACUAACAGACGGACGGUAGAAGAAAGGGACGGUCGGACGAAAAGAACGAACGGACAUCCUUCGAUUUUUCGGUGACAAGGACCCACAAAACACCACCUUAGUUUUGUAUGGUGCCAAAGUAUUUAACAAGAGUUAAUUUUGAGAAUCAAGGAAUAUUAAUACAUGAGAAUGGUUGAUACAAGUCACUAAUCAUGAAGGUAUAGCGGCCAGUGUCAUAUGCUGUAACACAGAACUCUGGAAGAAUUUAGACAGAUCUUAAGCGUAUAUAUUGAUUUUCGAAUAUACUGCCCGAAGUGAGGUAUUCUACGCCCUAUAUUUUCUUCUAUAAAAUACAAGAAUGAAUCGUUUGCUUCCUUGGCAAAUGCACACUUAAGAAAUAAACUCUUCAACAAUGGAUAGUGAAUCCCUUUCGGGAAAUACCACGUCACGAAUAAUUGAUUAGAGUUCUUCUCCAAUUAAGAUAGCCUGUACUUCAUGCAUGCAACACUCGAGGCACCAUAUCUUUAUAUGCUUUUAAAAUCCGAUUGCGGUAGAAUUUACAGUGGCAGAGAUCCAGAGCCAGAUGUAUUGCAAAAGCAUAUCGCGGAACGCUAUGUCGGGACUUCAGCGUCCAGGAUUCAACAAUGCAAACGGAAUAGUUAUUGAUUUCCAGGCAGUGCACCAAAGCCAUAUGUGCUGUAAACGCACAUCGUGGAUGGCUUUGUCGGGAAUUCAACGCUCCAGGACUCUUCACAAUAUAAGGAGAGUAUCGCACAUUAGUCAUAAAAAUGUAAUAUUUUUAGGAUGCAUAAAUAUUCAAGAGUAUUAGUUGUACAUGCACUCUGUAAUCCGUGCAGCAAUACAGAACGGCAAAUAUGAUUCCGAUCUGCGAAAUCGGAUCAAAGGGAUUAGGGAUUUUUUCUAUUCUUAGUCCAAUGUCACACACAAGGAUGAUUCCUGCACGUAAUAGGACACGUGUUCUUUUUUCCGUGUAAGAGCAGUGUGUAAGAGCUGGAGGAAUCAACCCAACACGAACGCAUUGAAAGCCGACAUUUCGAGCAUACACCAACUAUGCAGAAUUUCCCAAUGAAGCAAGAAAAGUGCUCAAUUUUGCAUCCUCAAAAUAUAGCAGAAAUUUCCCUACAUUAAAUAACUAAUUCGUUUUCUGUGUGUGUUGUAGAGAUAGAAGUGUGUUACAUUUUUUCUUUAAAUCACAAAACUGUAUGCGACGUGUGGAAGAGAAGUAUAAUCUCCUUUUUUUUUUUGGAGAUUCAGGUUCUUUGUAAGUACUACCCGAGUAUUCAGUGUUAAUGUAUUUUGCGUGAGGAUCAAGUAACCAAGUGCGAAGGUGGAUUAAUGACACUCCAGAAACAUGAAACUCUAGAAACACAGUUUGGACAUUGAAGGCUUAUUAAUAUUAUAAAAUACACAAAACAGUCUUUAGUAUUCAAAUUGUGUAGCAUUAUAUAUAACGAGAACAAGUGUAGAUGCGUUUUGCUAAUUAAUUUUGAAGGAUAUUACAAGUGUAGUAGAAUCACGAAAGACUAGGGGUAUAGGAAAUGAUAGUUUUUGAUGUAUUAGUAAUUUUUGUGGUAGUUUUAUUGUAACGAAUCUGCCUUACGAUCAAUGUGAAAUAUUGGAAAUACGAUAAAAAAAUUAAAAUUCAU